GCGGCCGCCACUCGCUCGCGGGAGCUGCACUUGGGACGGAGUUGGAGGGGAGGUGGCGGGAGGGCUGGCCAGCGAACUAGCGACGAUGCGCUGCUGCUGCUAAGCCGGAGCUAGCCGCGCCGGCCGGGCCGCUUGCGCCAUGGUGCCGGGGUUGUCGCCCGCGGGCUGCCGCCUAUGGGCCAGCUGCGCCUGAUCGGCUGCUGCCUCCCCGAUGCCCCCGGCGCCCCUGCCUCGCCGCCGCUGCUCCCGCCGGGGCGAAGGAGGCUCCUGCUGUUGCUGCUCUUCACCAUGCUCGCUUUGUGGCUCUGCAUGGUCUACUCGUGCGCCGCCGGAUCGUGCGCUUCCGCCGCGCCGGGGCUGCUCAUGCUGGGCUCCUCGCCCCCAGCCCGGCGGGCGCAUAGCCCUCCUCUCUCCAAGCUGCUGCUUCUACGGACGCCCGGCUCAAAGGGGGGCCAGCUGAGCCCGGAUCAGGAGAACGACGAGGAUGAAGACGAGGAUGACGGCGGAGGCGGCAACAACAACGGAGUAGCCCCGGAUUCCCCCAGCCCCAUCUCCAGUUUCUUCAACGGCUCAGGCACCAAGCGGCUGCCCCAGGCGGUGAUCAUCGGCGUGAAAAAGGGCGGCACCCGGGCGUUGCUGGAGUUUUUGCGGGUCCAUCCGGACGUGCGGGCAGUGGGCGCCGAACCCCACUUCUUUGAUCGCAACUACGAGCGAGGGCUCACCUGGUACAGAGAGUUGAUGCCAAGGACGCUUGAUGGGCAGAUCACCAUGGAGAAAACUCCCAGCUACUUUGUGACCAAGGAAGCACCGGCUCGUAUCUCUGCCAUGUCAAAGGGCACCAAGCUCAUUGUGGUGGUGAGAGACCCAGUUACCAGAGCCAUUUCUGACUACACACAGACUCUGUCCAAGAAACCCGACAUCCCCACCUUUGAGAGCCUGACCUUCAAAAACAGGACUACGGGCCUUAUCGAUACCUCCUGGAGUGCCAUCCAGAUCGGCAUUUAUGCCAAGCAUCUGGAAAACUGGCUCCUGUAUUUCCCCAUUGGGCAAAUCCUCUUUGUCAGUGGGGAGCGGCUAAUCAGUGAUCCAGCGGGGGAGUUAGGCCGAGUCCAGGACUUCCUUGGCCUCAAGAGGAUCAUUACAGAUAAACACUUCUACUUCAACAAAACCAAGGGUUUUCCAUGCCUGAAAAAGGCAGAAGGCAGUAGCAAACCCCACUGCCUGGGCAAAACAAAAGGACGGACCCACCCCAAUAUAGACCAGAAGGUGGUGCAGAGGCUACGAGAGUUCUAUAGGCCUUUCAACAUGAAGUUCUACCAGAUGACUGGCCAUGACUUUGGCUGGGAUUGAUGGUUAAUGCAGACGUGCUCUCUAGCAUUAAUCCUGUCAUUCAGCUUGCUCUCCCUAUAUAUGUAGAUAGGUCUAUAUGUAAAAUGUACAGAAAUCUAUUUUAUAAUAAUUUAUUUUUAAUUCUUAAGCAAUUAAUUCACUAAGCUGCCUAACCACACUGUAGCUCAUAGCUGUAUUUAACAUUCCACAGUGCUGAAUCGUAUUAUGCUCUUGUUCUUCUGUUGCCUGGUUCAGUUUGUGAUGAUAGAAAGUGCUUCCAGCUACUUUCAUAGGAGAAAGGUAAUGUGUCUUUUUUUUUUUUAAAGGCAGGUGGGUAAGGGUAAGAAAAGCACAAUUUCCCCCCAAUACGGGUACUAGGCAUUUUGAAACCUUUUGUGUGUGUGCAAGGCACUUCAGGUAGCAUCUCCUGUCUUCCCUCUUUCCAGGCCAGUUCACAUGCCACUCUGUGUGUGUUUGGCUGUGAAAUAACAUCAGCUUUGCAACUGAUGUCAUGGAACUUGAGCGUUGAGCCUAGCUCAAGCAGCUGCCUUUUCAGGUGGGUGUGGCACACGUGUGCUGAAGGAUACACUCUCCAGCCAUAUAGCUGCUACCUGUCUCCCAGAUAAGUUUUGCCUCGGUGUAUAGAGCCCUCCAUGGUUUGUUUGUGUUUUUUUUUGUAGAGGCUUUGCUAUAAGGUGAGAACUAAUGCCUGAGCACCUAUCAUUUUUCCACCCGCUUCCAUGCAAUUAAAAUUAUCCUUUUCUUUAAACAGAUUUCCUGGGCUGAAAACUAUGCAUAAUUUGUCCAGCUUUAACUUGUUCCUACUGAGAAUGUGAAAUGCUUACUUGGAGCAUUUCACAUGACUCACUCACUUUUUUUUUUUUUAGCUUGACUUUCAGAUCCAUUUCAUGGAGUUAGGGCCAUGCAGUCUGAACUGGCAUGUGCUGAGCCACUUGUCUGCAGACAAACCAUGAGUCCUAGUCACUCUCAAUCCUGUGGUGAGCUGAGGGUUAAAUGAUACAGGCAGCUCAUUGCUACAUCCACUCUUCAUAGGGUCUGUCUUUCAAGUGACUUUGAACAUAAGCAGAAAGCAGAGUACAGUGAAUUGGCCAUUAGUGCUGAGCUGAAAGUGUCAGACUUCAAGUGAAAGUAGCAGCUUAGAUUACGUGUAUGUGUGCAUGCUUCAUGCAUUGCAAGCCACUCUGCGAGGCACUAGAGACAAAUGUGCAGGGCAUAUAGUCUGUCUUAACCUCACCAAAGAAUUCCAUAAACCUUCCAGGAGACUAGCAAACAACCCACCUUCCAAUAGAACUGCCAUGGAGUGAACUGAAUGCAGCUUCCCCUCAGAGGUUGGCACACCUAACUGGAUCACCAAGGUGUGGCUAGUAGUCUCACUUUUCCCACUGUAGCCCCUUCCCUGAGACACGCUGAGAGGGUUGGAUGUAUCUAACAUUGGGGUGGGUGAUCUAGAACAGAAUUAUAUCUUUUUUAAAAGCAGAGUUGCAAGAAAUUAAUGAAAGGGAUUGUCCCAUACUUGAGACACACUGGGCACAAUUGUCAGGUUUAUUCUCCUGUUAUGUAUUGAGUGAUUCAACAGAAAUGAAGGUAGGACUCUUCAGGGGUCUGUAUACAAAAUGCAUGCAUGUGUACACAAACAAAAAUCAUAUCUCUCAGACCUGGAUGCCUAUCAACAUUCAGUCUCUGCUUAGGUCAUCUUUGGACUUACGGCAUGACCUGCUGAUAAAACAGCACUCUAGGACAAAAGAAACAUGAACCCUUGAUCUUCCCACUGAACUGAGAUGCAACAUGUAGAAUUCAGUCUCUCUUCUUCCUAGACACAUGAAGUUUUGGAACUCUUGACUCUCUGACCUGCUUAUAUGACUGUGUUGCUUUCUGGUAUUGUUGAGCCAUGUGACUUCACUUGGUCCAGGAGUCUGUGAUGCUCUUCUGCUUAUAGUUCUCCUGUGUUUCAUUUUAAAGCUUCUUUUCUUAACUGGACAGCAGAACUGAGUCUUUGGACUUGCAUGUUUCUUCUUGGAAACUGUUCAUAUCCUGAUGCCUUUCUCAAUUGCACAAAUGACAUUUUGCAAAACAGAUAUUCUAGCCAGAGACCCUGUUUUGAGUGGUUUUAUAAGACAAGAAUGUUGAGUGAUAAAAAUGCCAUUUAAUUCCCUGUUAAAUACUUUAAACUGAUAAUCCUAGCUGAGCAGCCCAUACAAUGAAAAUCUUAGGAAGCCAAUUAAUUUAAAAGGCCUUGCCUAAAACAUUUAUUGUUGCCCCAAUGGACCCCAUACCAUAUGGCAUUGCAACUUAUCAACAACCUGAAUGGCUUUGAGAAGGGUUUGGAUAACUUCAUGGAAGAGAGGUCUAUCAAUGGCUACUAGUCGGAGGGCUAUAGGCCACCUCCAGCCUCAAAGGCAGGAUGCCUCUGAGUACCAGUUGCAGGAGAGUAACAGCAGGAAAGAGGGCACGCCCUCAACUCCUGUCUGUGGCUUCCUGCAGCAUCUGGUGGGCCACUGUGUGAAACAGGAUGCUGGACUAGAUGGGCCUUGGGCCUGAUCUAGCAGGGCUGUUCUUAUGUUCUUAUGAACUGCUGGCACUACCCUCAACACAAUGUUGUCACACUUUUUGUUUGAUUCACAGGGAUACACAGUCAAACACAGAUGUGUGGUUAGACAUUUUUUUCACACUUUCACAUUAAUUUAUGGCUGAGUUCCAUUCAGCAAUGCAGUACAUUCAGAUAUUAGCAAUAUUUUUUGUGUGUGUUUGCUGUAACAUGGUACAUUUUAGAAUAGUAUACUUGUAAAGGAAAACAAAUGGCAAGCAAAAACUGUAAAUGGAGUAUUUUGUGGUAUGUACAACACAGAUUAAUUUUACACAGAGGUUUCUAGGAAAAAGAAAUUCUGAUAAUUCAUACUAUUUCUUUGUAUGAAGAAAUAAAAUAUAUUUUACCAAA